AUUCUAUUAACGCGGACGCAGUUCGUUGAGAACCUUCCGGGUUCAUUGCCCAAAAAAUGUACCACAGUUUCCAUCCAAGUCGUCUCACCUUCAAAUUGCAUUAGAGGGUAUACUAUAAAGCUAUUUUUAAAUGGUUUCCGUCUUUCUUUAAAUAGCCGACGCUAUACGCCAAUAAAAUGCUUGAUCAAACCACCGAUCGAUCUACGAGUAAUUUUAUGAACAUCAGAACAUUCGUUGGCGUCAAAUCAAUAACACUGUUCAUUAUUAAAAAGACAAAAUUUUAUCUUUUCCAAUUCAACUGAUGCAUGUGUCAAUUUAUCUUCCAUUAAUCUUAAUAUACUCUUUAUUAAUCGAUAUUACUUUGAAUGACAAUUAACAGAUUGACAAUACCCAUAUAACACAGCAAAGGCAGCCAAACACUAUAGUCUUACCGCAAUGGCCAUCCGAGUAAGUUUGUCCUUAGAUGAGUCACAAGUUCAGCAAACUAAAUGCUGGGCUUGGAGUAUUUUUCCGUUGAUCAUUUGGACCAGAAUUCUAGGUGUAAACUUAUCAGAUAUAUCGAAUUCAUCCGCCAAACAUCAUCACUGGCUGAUUAUUGCUUAUGGCGGUUUCUGCCUCUUGUGUCAUUUGGCUGGCCAGAUUGAUAUUUUGUAUUACUUGCAAGGUAAACUGAAGAUGGGUUCUCUCGAGCGAAGCGGCGGAUUAAAUUAUGAAACAUCAACCGCUACCUGGAAUUCCAUUAUUGAUUUUAUCAAUUACGCCGUUCAUGGAAUUGGAACUCAUGUGCUAAUGUUGACUGUCAUCCGGAAGCGGUGGAUCAAUUUAAUGGAAACCUUUCGUAGCUCAGAGGAUAUGUUCUCUGAUGAAAGAUACAUUCGAAUUCGAAAAGUAGCUACCUACGGCGUUGCUUAUGUUAUUUUGUUGAUUUUAGGACUUAUCUCUGUUUCUUUGGGACACCACCUGGCUGCGGGGACUACAAGUGGACAUCGCAUUUUCAUAAGCUUCAUGUCCACCGUUUCAAUCAUUUAUCCUUUGACAGCUUUGGUUGUAUUCUCUAUCCACUGCUAUGUGUCGUCUCUCCUAUUCGAGUCAGUCCAGUCUGAAAUCCACCGUAAUGAAAUUCAGCUAAUGAACGGCCGAGAUCAGGAUGUCCGUCUUUUAAUUCUUGCCUUCAAACAGCGACACAUUCUGGCUUGUAAAACAGUUGACAGCAUCAACCAUUGUUUCGGAUGGAUUCUCCUGCUAUCAAUAACUUUUUUCUAUUUGGCCGUUAUUAACUCGAGCUUUUAUUUGUUUGGACUGGACAACAUUAUUUCCAUGCCAGACGUAGCUUUUACUACUUUUACUGUCAUUCAUCUAAUUUGUGUGUGCUUCACGGCGGAUCGCGUCCAGAUAAAGGCCGAAGACGCCAUCAAAGAACUCUUCCGUCUUCAGUCCUAUGAAACGUUGAACGGAUCUCAAAUGCAGCUGAUGAAUUUUCUUAUUUCGGAGAUGGCACUAACAGUUCCAAAAAUCAGCGCUAACGGUUGCUUUAAUGUCAGUAAGAAGCUUUUGCCCCAGGUGAUUGGGACAUCGCUGACUUAUUUCUUUAUUCUCUUCCAAUUUGAAGCGUCAGAAAAGAAUGUGACCCUGACUGAAAAUUAAGCCAAACACGCCUGAUAGUUUAAAUUGAACCAGAAAACUUUGUGUAUAGUCCUGGAGAAAUAGCAUAAGCCGGUUAAGUGAUUUCUAAAAGAACCCGGUGACAUUUGAACAAGAACUUCUAUUAUUAUAUUUGUCAACUUGACACAAGCAAACACUCACACGGCAUAAUACUGGGGAUACGCGGAGUAAUUUGAUGGAAACAUAAUAAACUGAUCCAUUAAAUUACUCAACACUUGUUGAAAAAGAAUUCAAUUUUUUUAAAGUGAAAAUAACAAAAGACCGCAAAAGACAUGGCAAAGUGACCCUUUAUGUAACAUCGUAUGAUGAUGAGCUUUUGUUAGUAAAACCGUUAUGUCUACCCGCACAAGUUCAUUUUCAGAAGAGAGGCCCGAACAUCAAAUUAUUGGCUGGGCAUGGAGUAUUCGUCCUUUAAUCAUUUGGGCACGUAUUCUAGGUGUGUAUCUCUCAGAUGUUUAUCCAUCAUCAGAUCCACAUCAACGACUGACAGUUGCCUAUGGAAUCUUUUGUUUUCUGCUGCACAUAUCCAGUGAAAUCAACAGCAUAUACUACUUGUAUAGUACACAGACUGUACACGUCUCGCUCGAACAAUCGUACGGGCUGCUAUUUGUCACGACGACUGCUGCCUGGAACUGGACUAUUGAUUUCAUCAAUUACGUCGCCCACGGAAUCGGAGUUCACGUCAUAUUGGUGACUGUUGUACAGGCACAAUGGAAGGAUCUAUUGAAUAUUUUACAGCGUUUGCUAGAGGAAUUUCCCGAUGCAAAUUAUAUUCGAAUACGCAGACUGUCUUUGUUUGGCGUAGCUUACGUCAUUUUAAUGAUUUCCGGACUUGUCGCUGCCUCAGUAACGGACUACCACUUGGCUGCAGGGUCUUCAUCUAUUCACAGCAUCUUUAUCACUAUUACUUCAACCUUAUCAAUCAUUUACCCCUUGACAACUAUCGUUCUAUUUGCUGUCCACUGCUACGCAUCGUCUGUUGCAUACGCAUUAAUUCGCACAAAAAUCAAGCGCUGUGCAAUUCAGCUAAGGAACGGUCGAGGUCGCGACGUCAGGAUUUUAUUGCUUACUUUGAAAAAUCGAUUCAUAUUGGCCUCUGACACUGUCGAUGGAAUCAACCGCACUUUUGGCUGGAUGCUGCUCCUGUCUACGAUCUUUUUCUUCGUGGCUAUCAUUAAUGCAAGCUACGUCGUUUUCUCUUUGGAUAAGCAGAUAACUGCAGGGGAUUUGGUGUUUUUAUUAUUUGCCCUAGUUCACUUGACUCUCAUCUGUUUCGUCGCAGAUCACAUUACCAAUAACGUACUACAUGCAAAGACAUUAUCAAAUUUAAAUAAGACAUCUUAGAAUUAAAUCAAAUUGUUGCGCUAUUUUUCAGGCAGAAGAAAUGAUCGGAGAUCUGUUGAGGUACAAAUGUGAUAAAAUCUCGAACAAGGAAUAUCAAAUAGAGAUGGAAUACCUUAUAUCGGACAUGUUGCAUGAAAUACCGCAAAUCAGCGCCAACGGUUGCUUCAACGUCAAUAAGAGACUAAUCCCGCAGGCAAUGAAUAUUUUACCGUUCAAUAACACUUCUAAAAAAAAGUGUGUUUUCAUUUAACAGGUGAUUGGAACAACAGCAACUUAUUUUUUUAUUCUUUGCCAGUUCGAAGAAUCCGAAAAGAAAGUGUGUCCUGUUUCUUGACUCAAUGCACUUGAUCAUUUUGACAGGAGGUCGUGAUUAUUCUUACGCAAGUUUCAACAAUAGUUGUCAUGCAGUAGUUAGUCUGUCCUAUUCUGUACGAAAAGAAUGUUACAUAAGGCCAUAAGGCAAAUGAAACUUUCGAUAAAACUGUCAAAUAAAAUGAACGCGCCCUUAUUACGCAUGUGAACUUCGCUUAUUGAAAUAACUAUAACAGCUAUACGAUAAUUAAAAAAGUUAUGGACAUGACCUAAUUACUUUUUCAUUCCUACUGAUGAACUGAUGACAGCUAUGGAAGUCAAUUACUCGAUUGCUUUUUUCAGUACGAGUCAACACAAAAAGCUAGCUGACUUAAAGUGCAAUUUGAUUGGUGUAAGCUUUUAAAAGUGUUAUUUAGUGGUAAUAUUAGUCGAACUGUGAUGGCCAUCCGAGUAAGUUGGUUUUCAGAAGAGAUACCAAUAAUCCAACAACCUGCAACUACGUGUUGGGCAUGGAGUAUUCGCCCUUUGAUUAUCUGGCUCCGCAUCAUUGGCGUGGAUCUUCCGGACACUUCAACUCCAUCCACCCAACGCAACCGAUGGCACAUUUCCGUUUACAGGGCCUUUUGCUUUUUGCUCCAUGCCUCUUGCCAGAUUAAUAUUCUACGCUAUCUAUUUAAUACGGGGUUACAAGUUUUUCUAUACCAAACCGACGACCUAGGCUUUGGCACAACAACCGCAAACUGGAACUGGAUUAUUGAUUUUACAAAUUACACUAUUCAUGGAGUUGGAAUUCACCUGGUGCUGCUCACUGUCAUCCGUUUCCAAUGGAUCGAUACGAUGGAAAUUUUUCAACGUUUGAACGCCAUUUUCACGGAAGAAAAUUACAUUGGAAUACGCAAAAUUUCCUAUUGCGGCGUCAUUUACGUUAUCGUGCUGGUAAGAACGAUAUGGGAAGUCAAUCAUUUCAUUUCAGCAAUACGAUUUUGUUCCAUACAGAUUUCUUUACUGCUUGCUGCUUCAACGGAUUACGCCUUGCCGUCCGGAACUUCAGUUUCUCACGGCGUCUUUAUCAAAAUGACGGCAGUCCUAUCAAUAACUUAUCCGUUGACAGCCAUAGUAAUAUUUGCUAUCCACUGCUACGCGUCGUCUCUGGCCUUCGAGGGGAUUCGGAAGGAAAUAAAGCGCUAUGAAAUUGAGCUAAUCAACGGUCGAAAUCAUGAUGUCAGCCUCUUGUUGAGUGUUUUCAAACAAAAACACAUCAUUGCUUGCGAUACGGUUGAUUCCAUCAAUCACACUUUUGGCUGGAUGCUGCUUUUCUCUAUGACUUUUUUCUUUGUGGUUGUUAUCAACGCAAGCUGCGCAGUGUUUGGCCUACCGGAUCACACGACCGUAGCGGAUAUUUCGUUUCUAGCAUUUGCUCUCGUUCAUCUGCCUCUCAUUUGUUUUGCUGCAGAUCACAUUUCCAGCAAGGCUGAAAACAUGAUCAAAGAACUGAUGAGGCUGAAAUGUGCUGAUGAGCCGUUAAAGGGAUACGAAUUGGAGGUGGAAUUUCUUAUAGCGGAUAUGGUGGAAACGAUUCCACAAAUCAGCGCCAAGGAUUACUUCAAAGUGAACAAAAGGCUUUUCCCUCAAGUGAUUGGAACGACUCUAACUUACUUUUUCAUUCUACACCAGUUUAAGGCUUCCGAAAAGAAACUUAAUCCUGAAGAUGAUUAAUCAUAUUAAAAGUAACAUAUUAAUCAUCUUACCUAAGUUAUCAUCGCAAUCAACGCAAUUAUUUUCGCUAGAAAAGCUAUUCAAGACACGAAUCUAUUCAUUCAAUUUCCUUGAUUUGUAUCACAUAAUUUUAUUUCUCCCACGGUAAUUCCAUUCUAUUUGUACUGGUGUCUUGAUGAACACACUUUUUUAAAUGUAUGGCUCCCGAAGUCCCGAUAUCGAAUUAAAAUUUGAUGGAUACUAAUGACUCUACAGAAUAUUGCGGAUCGAUAAACAAUUAUAUUUUGGCGAACCAACACUUCACCAAAAUAUUGAUUCAAUUACUCAACUUAAUC